CCUGAGAACAAUAAUGUUAGCAUGGAGACAAUGGAGAAGCAACCAUCUUUACGAGAACUCCUAAAAGCCAUACGAGGUCUUCCACAACUGUUACCUCAGGAGCGUCGCGUAGUUCUCCGGGAGGUGGUCACAUUUUGCGAUGAAAGUGAUAUACAGGUGCUUCAACGAUUGCUUGGACAGACGACGCAAUCAGGAUUUGAUCUCGUGUCAGCAUUGCCUGUAGAGAUAGCUCGUCAGAUCUUUUCGUACCUGGAUGGAAUGGAUUUGGUACGGUGUCGAGCAGUUUGUCAUCCUUGGAGAAGUAUGAUUCAGAGGGAUACAGGACUAUGGAAGGCUAAAGUUCGAGCGUGGAAUCCAGCUGAGUGUUUAUUGUUAAAGGAUUAUCAGUUCGGGGCUACAACGAGCGUAACGAGGGAAAAGAAGAAGAAACACUGGGAUCCUGUUCCUCGCCUUGCUCAUGCUAGCGAAGGAGGUGAAGGCAUUAACGGACCAAGCAAUGAAGAGGAUAUCUCAUCUGGGACAACCACAACAGCGUCAGCAAUAGGAGAUAGUGAUAAAGAAGGCGAAACUCUGUUGGAUAGAAUUGGACAAGAAAUCGGGUUCGCAGGAUGGGAAGAUGUAUUGAUCCAGGAAUUGGCAUUGAAACAGAAUUGGCGACAAGGAAGGUAUGUCUAUGAGAUGAGUGUGACGCUGGGAAGGAACAUUAAACCCAGUUUGUUGGCAUGGCCGUUUUUGUUCCUUGUGGAUGAUUGGCCAAGGCUUUAUAAGAUUAGUUUAGAUCGAGUUCGGGAGGAUGGAUUCAAAGUGGUCCCUGUAGGGAAUGAAAAGUAUGCAAAGGCACUGGAACUUCAGGGCCAUGGUGCAGUUAGCUGCAUGGCUUGGGAUCAGACACAGACACAGAUGCGGACACAGACAUCUAUAAGACAGCUAUCGUCGGCAGGAGGCGAGGCUGCAGUUACAGGUACGGAUAUAGCAAUAGUAGAGACGCUAUCAUUGCCUAUGCCACUGGCGAUAGGAGGAUUUUUAAGAUCUGUGCGGGUGUGCAAUCCGGAUUCAGGGGUGGGUUUUAUGUUACCUGAUGUGCAACAUGGGUUCCCAUUGCAUGUUUGUUUCUUACGAAAGCAGGUCCUUUCUGUGACAUUGGAUGGGCAGAUUACAUUUUUCCAAAAAGGAGGAGACUAUCGACCAAUUCGAUCAUGUACUGUUGGGACCAAAGUCCUUCAGAUCACACCUCUGCGCUUUAAUUGUAGUAGAAGUAGUAGUAGUAGAGGUAGUAGUAAUAGUUAUGUUAGUGGUGAUGGUGGCGAUGGUCCUUACUUGAACAGCAAAAGUUCAAACCGAAGUCGGUUGCGAUCACGACGCCAACGACGGCGACCAUCAGCCUUUAAACGGGAACACAACGGUCAUUUGAUCUCUUGGAGUGAAGUGAUCUGCCUGGCACACGAGGAUGGAAUCAUUGUCAAAGAUGAGCAUUCGUACACACUAUGCAAUAUUAACUUGGAGUUAGGAUCCAAGCUGCUGCAGUUUUCAGUCAUUGCUGACGAUGUAACAUUCAGAGACGCAGAUAGUGACACAGAUGCGGAUACAGAGACUGGAAUUGAGGCAGAUACUGGUACAGAUACGGAUGCGAAUACAGAAGCGGAUACAGAUACAGAUGUGGGCACAAAUGUUGAGGCCAAUGCUUGGACGGAUUCUGCAUCCAGUCACAUAAACAUCGUCUCUAGUCAUGUCAACAACACUCCACAUCAUCAUCGGACAGAUGACUUUCCUCGAAACGAACUAAUGCUUUUAUUUGAAGACCCUAAUACGCGACAACGUCGAGUGAUGCGUGUGAAGAUGUCUGCGGGCUUCCAAUACGAGAUAUCGCGUCAGAUCCUGACGCCUAGUUUUUCGUUGGGCCGAGGAGGAGAUGCUCGAGAUUCGAUGACGAUGUAUCGAGAUCGAAUUGCGAUUGUUAGUCAUAGGCAUUGUUCUUCAGACUUGGGGCAUUAUUGUGUACUUCGACUGAUGGACCUGAAGGAAGAUUUUGCUGCCACUACAGAAUAUACGGAGCAGGUAGUAGACGACGAAGGAGAUGAUGAAUAUGUUGGCGAAGAUGUCGAUGGUGAUAGCAAUAGCAAGGAGAUUGUUUUCGAAGUAGGGGGAGGAGGCAGGCAGAAACAAGAACAAGAGGAAAAGAGGGAUGUUGGCUCUUUCAGAAGUAGGAAGCAUCCAAGGAUUCAACGGCCAGGAAAGCCGAUUCAUUUGAAUGACUUUGCAGGGCAUAAAGCGGCAUGUCGGAUCCUAGCGAUGGAUCAUGCGCGGAUUGUGCUCGGGAUGGGACCGAGGAUUGUCAAGGUCCUAUAUCUGGUCUAGUAAGAAGAAAGAGGAAGAAAUUAAAAAUAACUGUCUGCC